UCCCCGCCUAAUCCCUCUGCUCUUCCCUCAUCGGUGCCCACCCUCACACGCUCCUGCCUCCGCUCUGGUGCAGAUCGGCAGCCGUGGGUGGAGCGCGGGGGUCUCCAAACGGGAGAGCGGGAAGGCGGGAGGGGCGGCAGUCAGAUAGUGCGGAAGGUGCACGGCGGGGGUCUGAGGCGGUAUCGCGAGGGUCCACCUGAGAGGAGAUUCUUCUUUUUUUUUUCUUUUGUUUUUGCUCCUUUCUUUUCUCUCACGGCUGGGUUUGGGAGAAGGCUCCUGGCUUGGACCGCAUGCAUGACACAACGCAAAGGCGAGAAACCCACCAUCAGCAUCCAGGAGCACAUGGCCAUUGACGUGUGUCCCGGACCCAUCCAGCCCAUCAAGCAGAUCUCAGACUACUUCCCCCGCUACCCUCGGGGCCUGCCGCCCGUCGGGGCCCCGUGCGCCGCCCUCUCCGCCACCCCGGCCGCCGCCAGCGGUGCCGCCGCCGCCACCUCGGAAAGUGAGGACAGCCCGGACCGGGCGUUCGCCGGAGCCUCGGCAUCCAGGAGAGACGACGAGCCUGACGUGGAGGCGUACGACUCGGAUGACUCCACCACACUGGGAACGCUGCACUUCAGCUUGCUGUACGACCAGGAGAACAAUGCUCUGCACUGCACCAUUAACAAAGCCAAGCUUCCUGUUCCAAGGUACAAGAAGGGGCUCAAGCCAAUGGAUCACAACGGGCUUUCGGACCCCUACGUCAAACUUCACCUCCUACCCGGUGCCAGCAAAGCCAAUAAACUUCGAACCAAGACCCUGCACAACACGCUCAACCCCGUCUGGAGCGAGACGCUGACCUACUACGGCAUCACCGAUGAGGAUAUGGUCCGAAAAACACUCAGGAUUUCAGUGUGCGACGAGGAUAAGUUCCGCCACAACGAGUUCAUUGGUGAGACGCGAAUCCCCCUCAAGAAGCUGAAGCCCAACCAGACCAAGAACUUCAACAACUGCCUGGAGAAACAGCUACCUGUCAACAAGACGGAGGACAAGUCGCUGGAGGAGCGGGGGCGCAUCAUGAUCUCCCUCAAGUACAACACCCUGAAGUCGUGCCUGGUGGUGGGCAUCAUACGCUGCGCCCACCUCGCCGCCAUGGACGCCAACGGCUUCUCAGACCCCUACGUUAAAACGUACCUGAAGCCCGACGAGAACAAAAAGUCCAAGCACAAGACGGCCGUGAAGAAGAAGACGCUCAAUCCCGAGUUCAACGAGGAGUUCUGUUACGACAUCAAGUACGCAGACCUCACCAAGAAGACCCUGGAAGUGACCGUGUGGGACUACGACAUCGGCAAGUCUAACGAUUUCAUCGGCGGCGUCUCUCUGGGCAUCAACGCCAACGGGGAGCGGCUCAAGCACUGGUUCGACUGUCUCAAGAACAAGGACAAGAAAAUCGAACGCUGGCACACGCUGACCAACGAAUUACCCGGCUCGCUGAAUGACUGAACGUCUGGCCAUCGGACCCGUCGGCCCAGAAGCCCCCCACCCCCAUCCCGCCCGACGCCUGCAUCCAUCCUUCCGCCCUUCCUGCUCACCCUUCGAUGCAUCAAGUACCGGGUACCUUUCCUCUCAACGGGGCUCGACUGAAAGCAUCCUGAACGGGAAAGUUCUGUCUGCACGUACAGAAAUGACUCAACGGGUAUGAUAACGCUACGGUAACAAGAGCCCGUUUUCGCACCGCCUGUCAAAAGUCGAAGCGCCACCGACACGGAAAGUCAGCGGUAGUAUAAGAACGGUAAAAGAGCUGUUUAUACUCAACAACGGCAUGGAAUGGUGGGAAAAUGUCGACCCUGCAGUUUUUCGCAUUCCUUUUAAAUUGGCUGUAAAAGCCAACAUUUUUGUUGCGUAAAAAGCACCAACGCGGAACGCGUCGAGGGUGAAGUCGACCCAACAAUCGUCCAGCUUCAGAGGUAAUUUCAAAGCCGCAACACGGCCUGGGUUUAAAGAAAAUCUGCAAAUUACACUACAGGAUGUGAAGUUCAGUACCUGACGCUCUCUACUUUCCACUCUUUUGCGUUGAAAGUAAGUGCGCGACAAACUACUUUAACCUUCACACCGAAGCCGGCAUUGUCCACCUUUUUUUGCGUUUCGUUGUUCCGCAUGCAUGGAGGUUUUAACAUCGGAGGUUACCUUUUUCAUGUCGCCUUUCUGUAUAAAUGCCAAUGAUUGGGAAUGUGGGAGACGAAGUCAACCUGGCAAUUUUCCGGGCUUCGGUGGCGCUGUGACAGAUGGACGACGUCUAUGGUUUGCAACACCUGACGUGGACAUGCUCGGAACCCCGGCUGACCGGGUACUCGAAAUAGUACCUCAUCGUACCGGUUUACGCACGACUUUUCCAGCCGAAUGGAAAAAAAAAAAAAGGCCGCCGCUUUGAAGUUUACGUGUUAUGUCUUACGAUGAUGCUAACAAAAAAGCAUGUGUUGUUUACAGCCUCUUCUUGCUGUCAUUUUAGCAGGAAAGUGAGCAAACAAAUAGUAAUUCAUAAUUCCCGUUAUGAAAGCUUUGUAUGCGGUUUGUUUCUAUUGUUGUUCUCCACCGCGAAGGAAACAUUUCAAUUCAUUUGGCAUUUCUCCGCCUUUUGUCCGUGUCGCUGUUCUGUAUAAACGGUACUGACCCGGCAAUUUGCCGCCUUCGGGGGUAGUAUCAGAGCCGUAAGAGUCCCUUUUCAACUGCUUGUGAAAACCGCCAUUUGUCCUUUCCCCUGUUCUUGUUCCGUAUGAAUAAUACGGAGUCGGGGAUGACGACAAACUGGCAAUUUUACGUCUUCGGAGGUAGCGUCGGAGCCGUAACAUUCCGUUUUACAGUUUCUGCGUCACUGUUCAGUCUAAACAACACCGACACAGAAAGCGGUGGAUGAAAUCGACCUGACAAUUUUGAUCUGAUCUGACAUAUUUGACCGGAAACAGGAUCCGAGUUUCAUCUGAUUGUGUCGCGUGGUUUUCGUGCUGAAGUGUGAGCUUUGCGACUCUUCUGUCACGGCUCUGAUGCGUCAAUUUGCCUGGAUCUCUGUAGAAUGUAUAACCCGCGCCAACCGGUCUGAGAAUGUGCACCUCGGUGCUCCUUUGCCUUGGUUUAUGUCGGGAUUUUAAGGCCCCUUACCCUCUUUUUUUUUCGAUUGGAUUGAAUUGUGUUUCAGACAGUAGACACGCAGUCUCGCCCGUCAGCAGUAAAGGUUCAGACCCCCGUGUGUGAUCCUGACGCCCAAUUUGAGGCGAGUACAGGCUGGGAUGCACGUCGUGUUUUUUGGGAGUGACUUACAGUAGUUAUAAGUCCGAGUCUGCAGUGUGACCUUUUACUGCAGGCGCUUCCCUUAUAAAUGUGCACCACGCGCUGACUGGGAACGCAAAGAUGUACAGACUGCCAGUGAAGGUCUUUGAUUUUAGUUUUAGUGUAUUUUCUUUUGAUUAAUUGUAUUUUAUUUUAUCUUGAAUUUUUUUUUAUUUUGUGUCAUGAUCCUUUAUUUGCUAUCUUAUUUCAAUUCUAAUAGUUUUAAUUUAAUUCAUUGGAUUUAAUUUUUUUGUAAUUCUUUAUUCAUUGUGUCAUGUAGUUUGUUGAAAUGUAUUUUUUUAUUUGAUGAUAUAUUUAUAUAUUUUUUGUUUGUUCAUGUUAUUUAAUUUCAUUAUAUUUUGUUUUUUAUUUUACUAUCAAUUAUUUUAAUUUGUAGUUAUUACUGUAUUGUUUUUUUCUAUUUUAUUUUAAUUGUAUUUUCUUUCAUUUUUAAUACUUCAUUAUAAUUGCAUUGCUUUUCCCCAGUUAAAUUUUGAUCAACUAUUUCAUUUUAUUUUAUUGUAACUAUUUUAUUUGAAUUAAUCGUAUGUAUUAGGUUUGUAUUGAUUUGAUUUUAAGUAAUUGCAUUGUUUUAUUUUUAGUUAUUUUAUUUUACUGAAUUUUAUUUGAAUGUUCUAUUGUAUACCAUUUUGUUUUAUGACAUUCAGCUCGACUUUCGUUUUAGGUUAUUACGUUCUUUGACGUUCACGAAGGCUCUUUAAUGUUGACAGUGUUUUUUAUUAUUAUUAAUUGACCUCCCCUCCCGUUCUAUAAUGUACUAUGUAUUGAUCCCAGUAAUCACGAUAUCCUCUGGUGAGCCUGACCGCCAUUUACCGACACAAAGCGACGAUGUGAUUUUUGUAAGCCGUCUGCCUUCGUAUGCAAGCUCGAUAUUAUAAAAAAGACAACCGCUACAAAAAAAUGCAUGCGUAUGGUCCUGGGUUUUGUCAUGAUAUGACCUAAUGUUUGAUACUGUUUUCUGUAUUUAAAAAAAAAAAAAAAAAAAAAAAAGUUGAAACUGAAUGCUCCAAUGAUAACAAUGCUUUCUUCUGGAAUCCAUUUUGUACCCGAUUGGCUGCUGUGUGUGACUUUUAAUGUGAAUUUUGUUGGUUUGUCGAAUGUUUGUAUGAGUUAUGAUGUCAAUGCAAUAUGUCAAAUUAUAUUUUGGUCAGACUCCAAAAAGAAAGAAAAAAGGAUUAAAAUGAAUCUGUUCUGUUUGCA